GUAUGUCAUCACCAACCCCCCCUACGAGUUUGAACUUGUGCCGACGGACCUGAUCUUCUGCCUAAUGCAAUUUGACCACAAUGCAGGCCAGUCCCGGGCCAGCCUGUCCCAUUCCUCCCACUCAUCGCAGUCCUCCAGCAAGAAGAGCUCCUCUGUCCACUCCAUCCCAUCUACAGCAAACCGGCAGAACCGGCCCAAAUCCAGGGAAUCCCGGGACAAACAGAAUGCAACAAGGAUGAAUAGAAUGGGCCAAGAAAAGAAAUGGUUUACAGAUGAACCGGAUAAUGCCUGUCCCAGAAACAUUCACAUCAAGCCGAUGAGUACCCACAUGGCUAACCAGAUCAACCAGUAUAAAUCCACAAGCAGCUUGAUUUCUCCAAUCCGAGAAGUUGAAGAUGAAUGUUGA